AUGGCUUUCAUUGGAACGUCUAAUUUCUCAGUCGAAGGUGAUGCAAACAACUACGUUCACGGGGACCAAAUUGUCCAUUAUACGACCCAGGUUAUUCACCAAGGAAAGAAGAAACACAAACGCACGAUUCGGACUCUAUACGACGAGUUCUACGAUAUCAAGCUUGGGGCCAUUCAUAGGAUCCGGGAUAUAUAUCGUAAAGAUUAUCCGACUCCAAGGAGAUGGGACAUCGGUACAAAGGAGUGGCAAGGUUUUCAAGUCGAACGAAUAAUAUGUGUUGCCGAAAUCCGUGGUGAACAGCCUGAGGGUUCGAGGUUCACGGUGGUUUCGUACAGUGGACUAUAUGCGAAGAAGGCAUGGAAGAAGGAUUUUCAACGGUUCUCGAAGGCUACUGAUGCGACGAAGAUGCAACUGUUUGGGAUCAACCGGUCAAGUGUACCUCUGUUGAUAUUCUUUGGAGAGCUUGUGCCUCUCGCCCAUUUGUGGGAAAGGCUUGGAGACUUCGGGCGAGGUUAUGCCUAUACAUUGGCUAUGAGUGUAUGGCUUUGUAGACCAUCUGAGGUGUGGAUCGAUCUCGAGAAAGGCACUCUUGUUUGUGGAAUGGAGGGGCCCGACUGCGAUCUACUUCAUUUUAGCAUCAAUAAUGUCGAGACGUUGCCAUCAAGCAUCGAAUUUCUCCUCCAGGAAGACGUUUGCAUCCGCUACUUCUCUCAGUUGCCUUUGGUCAAAGGAUUUGACAUGGACGUCAUUGACGUGCUCAAUUUCGCUUCCGUGGUGGAAGGCAGAACAUCUCCGAUUAUCAAUCGACCGUAUAUCCUUUCUACUAGGACGAACUCCAUAAUUGCAAUUGGAAAUGGAGUCUGGAACGGACGCGGAUGCCUUGAUCAUUACUCACGAGUAGUUAUGCCAGAUGGGAGGACAAGAUUCACUCUUACAGACAAAGCCUCAAGUUUGAACUUAUACUCCCGUCCAUCCGGCAACCAGAAUGCCUGGUUCUCGCAGGCCUCAAAUGUCUUCCACAGACUCGGAAUCUCGUUGGACGAAGAUCUGUCAUCUUAUAAACUCAUUGUGCCACAUAUUGCGUUGAGUGGUAUAGUGAACUGGCGAUGGCGCCCAGAACAGCCACCCGUGUACUUCUUCCUUCAUCCGCUCCCUUUUUCCCCAUCACUCAAAGCCGGAUCAGUUGUGUCGACCCACACAUGGUCUUUUGAUGAAAACGGACAAACGCCUAUCUCACGCCAUCGUUACAUGUCUUUUGGUCUACCCACUGAACUUAGAGUGGAUUACUUGAUAGCCAUACCACCUUACUGGCCUAAGGAGACGUACAAAUCCACCCAUAAAUGGCAGAUUGCGAGAGGAUUUGAUCCAACUACGACCGACUUUGCGCGUUACCUUGACUAUCCUAUAUAUGAAGUUUUGCUGGAGUCAGAGGCAGGCCAGUUCGAAGAGCUGAGUAUGGACCGACCUGAAGGAUUAUCAGGUAGAUCAUUCACUGAGGAGAGUACAUCCCAGCAGGAUCAACGACAAUAUUCUACAAUGACGGCCUAUAAUACAGAAGCGGAUUCCAUGAAUGUAGACUCACCCACUGCUUCCCCCUUCUGUUCAUUGUCAACGUCCGUGAAAUUACAACCAGGGGCUGGGGAUAAUGUGUAUCAAGACAUGGACAUGGAGGUAGACUUUGACACUACGAGCGCAUCAAAUAUCGAGGUGGACUAA